AUGGCUCCUGCUAGUUUACUUUCAAGAAAUGAGUUCAAGCCCACAGAUGAUGAACUCCUCCAAUUGUUCCUCUACAACAAGGUUCUCGGUAAACCCUUGCCUGAAAACGCCACCAUUCUUGAAUGUGACUUGUACGGUGAGCAAAACCCAUGGGAGAUUUGGGAACAAUUCGGAGACUCCAACUCAUACGGUGGAAAGGACCUUUACUUCUUCACCACGCUAAAGAAGAAGACCGGUGCUCGCGCACGCUCGGUUCGCACCAUUGGGUUGGGUACAUGGGAAUGUGAAGAUGUUGGCAAGAUCAUACUGGCUCCUAAUGACCGCCACAGCAAACCCCUCGGCAUGAAGAAACGUUUUCGGUUUGAGAAGAGUGGCACUGAAGAAGAUGGAAGAUGGAUCAUGCAUGAGUACAGUCUUGACUCGUCUUUGCUCCCUGAUUCUUCAGCCAAUAAUCAGGUUCUAUGUAGAUUUAGAAAGAAUUUGGCACGUAAUAUUAAACCUAAGAAGAGUCGGAAGGGAAGUACAAGCCAACAAGAGACUGAAGAGAGGAAGACGAGGGUUAAUGACAAGAAAAGGAAGAUCAUGGUUCUUGAACAUGGAGCUACCCCAGAAUCUGAAUCUAACAUUAUUAAUAACAAUAAUGAAGUUUCAUUGGAGAAAGAUAGUUGCGAAGAACUAAGAGCCCAUCCAGAGAAUGGAGACAAUAUAAAGGACAUUAUUAUUAAUGAUAAUAAAGUUUGGUUGGAGAAGGAUAUUUGCCAAGUACCAAAAAGUCAUCUUGAGAAUGGAGGCAAGAAUGAGGUGGUUGAAAAUACCGAAGGAAAUGAGUCUGAAUUAGAGGAAGAAGAUGAAGAUGGAGAUCCCACAAUGACUUGGCCUGAAUUGUUUGCACUGCAGUUGAGAACGGGACGCUGGGACCCAUAG